AGAUAAUUCAUCCUGGUGCUACGCUAUAAGAAGUCCACAACCCAGUUCUUGCUUCUAUCUGAGUAAUUCCACUUUCAGGGUAUAAUCUGCCCGUUUUGCUUAUUGGAGUAUCAUAAGAUGCAUUUCCUGAGAUUGGUGCUUGCAGCAAUCAGUGCAUCGUUGGCAUUGGCAUCUUCUUUAUCGACGGGUGAAGGAUAUUGCUCAAUGUAUGGAAGUUGUGGGAAACGAAGCAUAUUCGGUGGCCAAUUACCAUGCCCAACAGAUAGAAAAGCUGAAGCCCCAAGCCUGGAAGAACUCAUAGUUCUCCAAAGAGUAUGUGGCAAGAGCUUUGACAAAACUUGUUGUUCUAUGGACCAAUUGUUAAACAUGGAAUCAAGCUUGAAAAGGGUCGAUCCUCUUAUCAGUUCUUGUCCUGCUUGUAGAAGGAACUUUUAUGAUUUCAUUUGUGAUUUCACUUGUUCGCCAAAUCAGGCCUCAUUUGUUGAGGUCACCAAGACCUCACAAGCAGUAGAUACAAAGCAAGACAUAGUGACUGAGAUCACUCAGUACGUUGACCCCAAAUAUGCCGAAGCAUUCUUUGACUCCUGCAAAAAUGUGAAAUUCUCAGCCACUAAUGGAUUUGCCAUGGAUUUAAUUGGAGGUGGUGCUAAAAACUAUCAACAGUUUCUUAAAUUCUUGGGGGACGAAAAGCCUUUACUCGGAGGUUCUCCCUUCCAGAUCAACUAUUCAUACAAAAAAGACAAAUCCGAACUAUUUCUUCCAAGGUCGGGUGAUAUGAAAUCUUGUGAUGAUGAGACUUAUAGGUGUGCAUGUUCUGAUUGUGCCCAAUCUUGUCCACAGCUUCCAUCAUUCAAUGGCUACGCUGAAUCAUGUCAUAUUGGUCCACUCGCUUGCUUUUCUUUCUCGAUUAUAAUCAUAUGGGCUGCCUUGAUCUUUGCCCUAGGAAUUUACCAUAUGUUUUUGCAUAAAAAGAAACUAAAACUUCCUGAUGAAGAUAACUCCAUCAAUAGCUUACUGGUGAAUACUAAUUCUCCAUCAGUGUCACCAACUGCAUCUUUCCAGCAAAAUAUUAUUAGUGGUCUUCAAGAGGUCUUUGAAACAACUGGCUAUUACUGUGCUAAAUUUCCUGGAGUAACUAUUGGGUUCAGUUUAGUGAUUGUUAUCUUGCUUUCUUCAGGAUUGUUGAAACUAGAAUUAGAGACAGAUCCAACCAAUCUUUGGGUAAGCCCUGAAGAACCAGCUCUCAAGAAUAUGCAAUUUUUUGAGUCUAAUUUUGGGGAGUGGUUUAGAAUCGAACAACUUAUAGUGAGCUCAAGGAAUGAUGAACCCAUAUUAAACUGGGACAACAUCAAAUGGUGGUUUGAAAAGGAGGCCGAACUUGAAACGCUUAAUGCAAAUGUCUCACUUUCAGAUAUUUGUUUCAAACCAUUGGGCGAAACCUGUGGAAUUCAAUCCUUUACCCAAUACUUUCAAGGUGAUAUCAAUUACUUAAACGAAAAUAAUUGGAAGCAAAACUUGAAAAGCUGUACUGAUUCUCCUGUGAAUUGUUUGCCAAGUUUCCAACAACCUUUAAAGCCAAAUAUUUUGUUUGAUAAUGACAGUGUUUUGGAUUCCAAGGCUUUUAUUGUAACCAUUUUGAUCAAUAGCAACCUGAGUGAUGAAAAUUAUACACAGUCUGCAAUUGAAUUUGAGCACCUGGUUCAAGAUUGGGUUACGAAGGUUCAGUCAGAAAAUUCAAAUGUUACUAUCUCAUACAGUACUGAAAUCUCCUUGACCGAAGAGCUCAACAAAUCGACGAACACUGAUAUUAAAAUUGUGGUCAUUUCUUAUAUUUGCAUGUUCUUAUAUGCCUCCUUGGCUUUGGGAGGAAAGUGGCCAAAAGCCACACUUAGUUUCUUAAUCAGAACUAGAUUUCUGUUGGGAUUGGGGGGUAUUACAAUUAUUUUGAUGUCCAUCCUGUCGUCCGCUGGACUCUGCGCUGUCAUUGGCUUAAAAUCUACACUUAUUAUUGCCGAGGUUAUUCCGUUUUUGAUUUUGGCUAUUGGUGUCGAUAACAUUUUCUUAAUUGUUCACGAGUUGAACAAUAUUAGUGCUGUAUUACCUGACGCCCUUAUAGAAACGCGUAUUGCUCUGGCUAUGGGAAAUAUUGGGCCCUCCUGUCUAUUAAGUGCCACCUUGCAGUUUUUCAUGUUCUUAAUUGCGACAAGAGUAGAUAUGCCUGCUGUGAAGAACUUCGCAUACUACAGUGCUGGGGCAAUUCUUAUCAACUUCUUAUUACAGAUGACCACCUUUGUUGCAUUGUUGUCAGUUGAUCAGAAGAGGGUGGAGAACAGGAGAUUGGACUGUGUUCCAUGGAUCCAGCUAGACGAAGUACCUGAAGAAAAAGAGCAAUGGAACCUUGUUCAAUUUAUCAAAGAAAAGUAUGCCCCUGCCGUUUUAUCAAAAUCGGGCAAGAGAAAAGUUAUCACAUUUUUUGUAUUAUGGACAGGUGUUUCGCUUAGUCUUAUGCCUCUGAUCCAAAUGGGGUUGGACCAAAGAACCGCGCUUCCUCAAGGAUCAUACUUGAUUGACUAUUUCGAUGCGAUGUAUCAGCAUCUCAACGUUGGGCCACCUGUUUUCUUUGUCAUGAAGGACUUGGAUGUCACCCAACGUGAGAACCAACAACGGGUGUGUGGAAAGUUUUCUGCGUGUGAUAGAUACUCGGUGGCUAACAUUUUGGAACAAGAGUAUAAGCGCAAGGAUGUUUCAACUAUCCAAGACCCUGCCUCAAGUUGGAUAGAUGACUUCUUGGGGUGGUUAAAUCCAGAUUUGGAUGAAUGUUGCAGGGUCAAGAAGUCAUCGCCGUUAGAAAUUGAAUUCUGUUCUGCCAACGCGCCGGCACGUCAAUGUCAGCCAUGCUACCAGGAUCAUUCUCCCGCAUACAACACAACCAUGGAAGGAUUUCCCACGGGUGCUGAGUUCAUGACAUAUUUCAACCAAUGGAUUCAGUCCCCGAGCGACCCAUGCCCCUUAGGAGGCAAGGCACCAUAUGACACCAGUAUUGCCAGAACCGCGCACAACAUUACUGCAAGCUACUUCCGUGCUGGACACAAGCCCUUGAAGUCGCAGCAGGACUUUAUUGUUGCGUACCAGAACUCGCUUCGGAUAGUCAAGGAGAUCAAACAGUACAAUGACAUCGACAUGUUUGCGUUUUCACCCUUUUACGUGUUCUUUGUGCAAUACGAAACCAUUAUCCAGAAGACUUUCCUGUUGUUGAGCGGGGCGGUAGCGGUGAUCGUGGCAAUCAGCUCGUUCAUGUUGGGGUGGAAGCGGGCAGCGGUUUUGGGAGUGGUUGUUGUUUCUGUAUUGAUUGAUAUGGGGGGAGUCAUGGCCAUCGCAGGCAUCUCGUUGAAUGCCGUUUCGUUAGUCAAUUUGGUCAUUUGUGGCGGUUUGGCAGUGGAAUUUGCCGUCCACAUCACCAAGGCGUCUUCCAACGCCGAGAACGCUGGCCUGUCGCAAGAAUUCAGAUCCGACGAGCUUCUUGACCACACAAGCGAGCAUGGAAGUGCGUUCCACGCGUUGACCACGGUGGGGCCCACCACCAUCACCGGCAUCACCUUGACGAAAUUGAUCGGAAUCUUUGUGCUCGCGUUUACCAGCUCGAAGAUCUUCGAGAUCUACUACUUCCGGAUGUGGCUCGGAUUGGUGGCGGUGGCUGCUGCGCAUUCAUUGUGCUUGUUGCCUGUUCUCUUAUCGUACCUCUAGGAUUUGCAGCCUCCGCAGGUUUUGCAACUAGCUGGUGUUCAGCCCUGCUCACGUGCGGCGCGGCGUAGGAGCCCGGGCAUUGUUAUUGGCCAGCCUCGUUACGGCGCAAACUAUCCGAAUUCAGCCAGGUCACGACUUGUUUCCUGUUUGGGCAAACCAUUACACAGGUUGGGCAACUGGGCAAAUUUGAUGACAUUCGUGAGAAGGACGCAAUUAAUUAGUUGUUUCUUUAUAGUUUAACAUCAUGUCUUCGUACACAUUCA